GACACAUUCAGACUCAAAACAACGAACGAGAGUAAGAAAAAGGUCUUAGUGAGCUUAAUCAAGAACAACAAUGGCAGAGGAGAUCGAGUACAUAGACGAGACUUGGCCUGACAAAAACUCUCUCCUUCCCUCCGAUCCUUACAAGAGAGCUCAUGCCAAAUUCUGGGCCGACUUCAUCGACAAAAAGGUGAAUGUUACGGCGAGGAGGAUUUGGGCGGCCAAAGGUGAGGAACAAGAAGCAGCCAAGGAGUUCAUCGAAAUACUCAAGACGCUAGAGUCCGAGCUUGGAGACAAAAAAUACUUUGGAGACGAAACGUUCGGGUAUGUGGAUAUAGCUCUCAUUGGAUUCUAUAGCUGGUUUGGAGUAUACGAGAAGUUUGGGAAUAUCAGUAUCGAAUCAGAGUGUUCGAAAUUGAUUGCGUGGGCCAAAAGGUGUUUGGAGAGAGAGAGCGUCGCUAAUGCCUUGCCUGAGUCAGAGAAGGUCGCUACGUUCGUUUCCGACUGUAGGAAGAAACUUGGGUUGGAGUAAAUCUCUUCUUUGUUAUGUUCUAUGUUCUGUGAUUACUUUGUUCUAUUUUCUUUGAGGUCUAUGUAUGCAUAAUAAUACCAAGUUGUGAGAUUAUAUUUCCAUGUAUUUGUAUCCCGUUUAUGUAAACUCGAGUUCAAUAAACUUCGUUGUGUUGU